CACACACACACACACAGAUGUUUAGUUUAGAUAAGAGCUGUUUGCAGUGGCUGCAUGUCAUUGUGAGAGCUUUUAGAGUAACAAAGGACACCGAUAUUUCCCGUGUUUGGACUUGAAGUGGUUCUGUGAACUUUCAGAGGACCAGGCUGCCUUCCCCAUAUCUGUGCUCCCAUCUAUGGCUGCCGAUGACUACAACCCUGUCUCCCUCCGACACAAGCCCAAGAGGAAGACUCGAGGCGGCAAUGGUAUGAUGAGCAGACGACGGAUCUCGGUCAAAGAGCUCGGCCCCCCGGACCACCAGGGCUGGCUGUACAGGAAGAAAGAGGGCAAGGGCUUCCUAGGCAUCAAAUGGAAGAAGUACUGGUUUGUGCUGAAGAAGACGGCUCUGUACUGGUACGCCAACCAGCUGGCGGAGAAGGCCGAAGGCUACAUCGACCUCGCCAACUUCAUGAUCGACAGAGCCAUCGAGUGCAAGAAGAAACAUGCGUUGAAAGCGUGCCACCCAAACGUCAUGAUGUUUUAUUUUGCCGCCGAGAGCCACGAGGAGAUGAACAUGUGGUUGAAUAAGCUCGGGCUGGCCUCCAUUCAAUACGAGUCGACAGAGCGAAACACUGCAGUCGAGUGUUACAGUGAAGCCAGCGACCAUGAAGAAGCUGAGAGCACAGAGAUCCCCCCUCCACCGUACUCUGAACAAACCCUGCGGGACUCCGUGGAUGCAUCCGGUCCCCCUGGAAGCACGCAUCAGGGCACCCUUCCUCCCCCCUACUCCUCCACAGUCGCCGGCAAAGCCAACGGUUCGCUGUCGUCCCCCGUCAGUACGAUGACGUCAGAGAGCUCCACCUCCUCCUCGCUCGCCAAGCACCGGCAGUCCUGGUUGGACCUGGUGUCGCAAGCGUCGCCUCCCGCCGCGGAAACGGCGGUGGUGUGCUCGGUUCAAGUGCACUCGCAUCGACCUCCUCCUCCGCAGCAGCAGCAGAAGACGGAGGAGGAGGAGGAGGACCCCCAGUUGCCGGAGAGCUCGUCUCACCCGGACCCUUCGGAGACGGGGUCUAGUGAGGAAGGCCCCGCCGCGGAGGGGGAGGCGCACAUGGGGGUUUCGGGGGCUGAAAGCGAGGGGGAUGGUGCAAACGGCUCAGACGAGAUGGAGAAGCUUUAUAUUCAUCUAAAAGCGGCCAACCUCUCCCCAAUAGGAGACCGCAAACCAUCCACCAAAAGGGAAUUCAGGGCCUCCUUUGUGAGACGCUGUAAAAACCACACUGUCAAUGAAAAACUGCACCUCAUCAGGACUCUCAACAGCACAUUAAAGUCGAAGGAGGCCGACCUGCAUGCACUAGACAAGGUGCUGGCGGACCUGGGGCUCACCUCGACAAAGUUCCGGGAGUGGAAGGAGGUCAAUGCGACUUUGAUGCAGGAGAUCUGUGAGAAGCAGGACCAGCAGGGGGCAGCAGAGGCCACGAAAGCUGCAGCGUCAGUCGUUGCUGCUCCAGUGGUCGAGACCAGUUUAUAAGGACUCCUCAGGACUGGUUUUAAUGUGUCUGGACUCGGGAGGACUUUACAUAUUUUGGCCGCCCACCCACACAGUGCUGUUUUUAAUUGAGACUACUGUUCCAUAUGAGCAAACUAAUAGUGACAAGUAACUGGAUCAAUGAAGAAGAGUGUUUUUUUUUUUAAAAGUUCUUAAAUGGAUGUGAUGCAGACGUGUAUAUAAUUAGCAGAUCACAUUCAAGUGUGAAAUGUGUCUUAGUAUUACUUUUACUGUUUAAUUUGUACGGUUAGCAAAUUUGACAUAAUUAUUUUCAUGUUGUAAUUUCUGUGAACCUAUUCAACAUUGUUUUAAUAUUUUGCAAUAAUGGUGUAUAUUGUGAAAAUGGGUCCAUUGUUCUCUGCAUAGAAACACUUGUGUUUACAGUAUGUUUUAUGCUUUGAUUUCAUCAGUAGUGAACACAUUUUAACUGUUACUGCUCAGUCAAUUAUUGGUGCCAUGUACCAUCACUGCUUGUUACACAUGUGUUUUUUAAUAAUGUGUUGUCGCCCUUGAAUUUCUGCCUUAGUACUUGAAACUGAACACCAGGGCCUGUGCUAAUUUAAUAAAUGUCAUUCACAAGACAUGGAAACUUCUGAUUUAAAAAUGUUUAAAGUCAACGUGUCAUUAUUGUUAUUACGUUGUUAUUUAAAGCCAAGACAUAAGAAAUCCCUUUGUUUCCAGUAAUGUAAUGACUGAUUUGCUUUAUGACACAUUGACUGCAACAUGCUAAUUAAUAAAUAUUUUAAUGCAUAUGUGAUGACUGUAUUACUAACCAAUGCUAUGUACAGUCUAUUGGACUAAAGGCAGGGUGUACAUUUGCAUUUAAACACAUGACGCAUGGUGGAUGAUUCUCAGGAAAACAAUACCCUGUAAUAUACUCUUUAAGGCAGACCACCUCAAGCCCUUACAAACGAGUCCAACAGACCCAAACCCUGUACUAGUUACACAUAAGCAGGAUGCCGUUUAUAUAUAGACAUCAAGCUGUAUGUAUAUAAUGAGCAACAGGUUUAUGGAAGGCCAGCAGGGGCCCGUUGACAUGGGGACAACACCUACUGGGAGGGGUGCAACCAGCUCCAGGCACAAAGAUGUAUUUCUUCUCUCUUUCUGGUUUCAUAUGUUGUGCUUGGUAAAUGUGAAUUCAGUGUAAAUAGUUGUACAUUGAUGUACUUUCAUCUCGAUUCUGGUAUGAAAGUUGGUAUGCUUUUUAUGUACAGUGAAAUAAAGUGUUAUUACAAGAAUGAA